AUGACUACUCAGCGAAAGUUUUCUUGUGUAGUUGCUGUGGCGGAGGGUGGAGGAAUUGGAAAAAAUAACACGCUUCCCUGGCGUCUGAAGUAAGCUAGGUGACAUUGUCUACCCUAGUUGCAUCGUAUAGGCAUAAUGUUUGCGAGUGCGUGUGCUGAUCCAUUGUUGGGAGUUCUGAAGUUUGCUUGCGUUGUAAAAAAUAAUCUUGACAACUGAACCAACACCAGCUUUAUAAAUUUCGAGACUUAGUUAUUCUUACAGAUCUCAUCUGGAAAAGCUUCUCAAAUCGGCAUUUUUGUGGCGAAUGUCACAUCUCUGAUCGCUUCACAAUGUUCAAAUUUCAGUUCCGUGCACAAGUAUUCACGUCCCGAACGAAUUUUGUUUUGUUUUCUGUUUAUUUUCUCAUGUUGAUGUUUUUUAGGGUAUGCUUAACUUUAACUUUUCAUAUUUUUGUGGCGUACUCAUGAUACUUCAAGAUCUGAUUACCUUCCAAUUUGCUUCUUUUGAAAGGUUUAGUAUUUCUAUGAUCAGUGAUUCCCUUAGGGGGUCUAAGUAGGUGGGGAAGAUGUAGAUACGAGGGCAUUUCUAGGGCGUGGUCUAAAUUUCACAGGUUGCUGAUAAGCAUUAUCCAAAAACAUUGGUGGAAAAAAAGGUAAUGAAAACAUCUGCUCAUGCAAAAGGGUCAGUUUUAAUUGGUCGCAAAGAACUUUCCCCAGGGUUUCAACUUUAUUUUUGGCAAGAAUGUAAAAUAAUUGGAUUUAUUUUGGUGUAAGGUAAAUAUGUAGGGCUCAGAAUAUCAACCUCCACCUUUACCUCCUGCUGAGAUAUGACCUCUUGGCUAUAAACCAACUCUCUUUCUUUGAAUGAAUUUCUUUAUUUAUUUCACUAAUAAAUAAAAUUUCAAGUUAACAUAGUUAUUUUAGUUCUCAAAUGAAACAUCACAUGACCAAAUGAAACUUUGUAUUCGAUGACAGUCAGAGAAUGUUGUUGGAAUUUCUCUGUUCUAGUGCUGAUUGGUUUAAAUUCCCAGCAGACAAUUCAGAGACAAGUACAUUGAUGAACAGAGAUGUAGUACUAAACUGAGUGAACUUUAUUUGAAUUUGUUUUUAGAGCAGAUUUGAAGUUUUUCUCCAAACUCACUUCUGGAGUGUCCACUGAAGGUAGGAUGAAUUUACAUGCAAACCCUACAGGAGAUUUUGAUGAGUUCAUCAUGUCAGUUCCAGUUCCCUGAGUUACAUUAUAUUGUGGCAGAGUGCAAAACCAAUAAUUGUAUGAUUGUCAUUAUUUGAUUGCACAAUUUUCUGCAUUCACAGGGAAGCAAAAUGCCGUUAUCAUGGGCCGCAAGACGUGGGAAUCCAUUCCAGCCAAAUACAGACCCCUUCCCCACAGAAUGAACAUUUUGUUGAGUAAAAACUUGAGGUAAAGACUCUGUUUCUUGUUCAAUUUUAGUUUAUUCAGAAUCCAAUGAAGCAUGUCUUAUCUUGGCACUGACAGUCUAGUGGUAUUUUUUUAAAAAAUCAUAAUUAUCCAAGCAGUAUUGCGACAGGAUUUGGAGCUUUUUUUCAAUCACCUUAUUAUUUUUUUUAUUGAAGUUUGAUCCCUCAACUUCCAAUUAAUUUCAUUUGAGAUUAGUAAAAGGGGGGAGGGGGGGAGGACUGGAGGACUGGGUCAGCUUAUUCAGAAUUUCAUUUUAGUUGAAGCCAGCCUAAUAUUCAAUUUUAAGUACAUCAUGACUAAACACACCACUCUAUCCCAUAUUGCUGCCUCAUAAUCAUUUUCCCAGUUUCUUGGUUAAAAGUAGUUUGUUUUUAUUGAUGGUUACAACAUCAUCUUGUGAUCGUCAAUAGAGCUUUACUUUUAGUCACAAGCCUUUGAUCUGUUAUAUGGCAUGUCCCAAUAACUGAAAGACAAAUUUAUCAAUAAAUGAAUACUUUUAUUUUCAUUGUCUACAUAUAGUGUAGCUCCUACAGGUGCCACCCUUUGUUCCAGCCUGCAGGGUGCCUUUGAUCUGUUGUCAACUGCACAACACAUAGACAAAGUGGAGAAAAUCUUUGUGAUUGGGGGAGCAGCAGUUUACAAGGUAAGUUUUGCCAUUACAUACUGGAGUGGUAUUGGAUCAUAACCAAUGAUAGAUUUCCACCUUGUUUCAUGCCUCUCCUUAUACUACAAGUUAUUGUAGAGGAAUCAUGUUCUUCUAAUAUUUGGUCAGUGAAAUAUUCUGGACCUGGUUGUUAAAGCUGAGUUGAGAUAACCCUAGGAUAAUGUGAAGUCUGAUUUCAGAUCUGAAAGCUUUGAAAGAAAAUUCAGCAUAAUUCUUUUUGUCAACUUGACAAUUUGAUGAUUGGAUGCUCCAUAAAGAAUGGAGAAAGUAAAUCUUAAAAAGGCUUUUGAACAAAGGAAUACAGAAACUUGGAAUAAAAUUAAUCUUGUGUAAGGCGGUUAGCAUUACCGGUAAUUGCCCUUUGCACAACUGGGUCCUGGAGUGGUAGAAAUUGAUCUACUAAACUAUGAUAAUCGAUAGCUAGAAAUCUGUAUUAUUAUCACUUUGUUUGAAAUUGUGGCAUUUACUAACCGGAAAUUCAGUGAUUGUGAAGAACAACUCCCCUCUGCUGACUGUCAGCUGAUUGUGAACUGACUGUUGGCCAACUGCCGGUUGACUAUCAGAUAACAGAUUUUUCAGGGAGUAUUGCUUUAAUAACAAUUACUUUCAAUCAUUAGGGCCCAGAUGGAAAUUAUAUCAAAUUGUGAAAAUCUGGUUAAUAAUUUACAAUUAUUCACUGGAGACAAGUGAAUGUUGUUGAAUAAUCCCUAUGAAGUCAAAGAUAUUAUGAAAAAGCGUUCAUUGGGCCUGAGGCAAAUAAUUGUUUUAGUAUAAUCACUCAGGUGCUUUUGAAAUCUACUGUAAAUAAAGAAAGCAUUACUCAUAUUUUGUUACAAUUGCGGUGAUUACUUGUAUUAAGAUAAGCAAGGAUUUUUAACAGAUUUAAUUUAAUCAGAAAAAAACUUUGAAAAGUGUUUUGCAAAACUCUGAGUAGCAUCUUUUGCGCCUCUUGAAACUGAAUUUUCUACUAUAGCAUUUAUCACUUCCCUGGAAGUGAUGAAAAUGUGAGGCAGCCAUUUUGAAACUAGCACUUCGGCUGUAAUCACCUUGUAUGAGAUGAUUAUAGCAGGAUACACAAUCCUUCACCAAUCAGAGCAUGCACAUCUCUAUAAUCACCAGAGUAAUUAUACCAACUGUACUGUUAUUAUUAGGUACUAAUAUUGUUAUUAUUACUCAUUCAUUCAUUAGGAAGCACUCCAGCAUCCCGCUGCUCAUCGCUUGUACAUUACCCAUGUGUUGAAAGAUUUUGACUGUGAUGUACAUUUCCCAGAAUUUGACAAAACUGUAUUUAGGGAAACAAGGUAUGUAAAAAGGGCUUCUCCUUUUUGGGGAAGAAACUCUUAGCUUAGCUCUUACCACAACUUGGUGAGACAAACUGAAUUGCAAUUUUGUUUGACCCAAACAUGUAAAGUUCAAUUGUAAGGCUAGGUCAAAUGUUGAACAUAAUUCAUUAAACCAAACAAACAAAAACAAAGCUGUUAGUCAAUAGGAUGUCAUUUGUAAUUUAUGUAGUAAGUUUGACUCAUAGAAAGAUUAACGUUUGUCCCGCAGUUGAUCCUCACAUAUUCUAUUCCUCUGAAGCAGACAGACAGAACUUGUUGGUGGCUCCAAAUUGAGAUGGACAGACUCAACAGAUUCAAAUGCUGAACUUGACACAAACUUAAUUCUCUUUGAAUGUUUUGUCUCAUGUGAAGUUCAACGUUUAAGUUGGGCCUAGGUAUAAUUUUAGUGUGCAGGUGCUGUUUCAUGUGAACUACUGAGACCCUGCCAAGUUGAUGAGUUUUCCUCUAUUUUCCACUGUGAAAUGUCAUAUCAACAGUUUCACAAAUGGAGUAUUCAGUGAAUGGUCUUUUCUCUGCUAUGUUUGAAACAUCUGACUUAGGCUGGAUAACCAGCCUCUGUUCACAGGUAGACUACCCACAGGUGGGACAGGGAGGGCAAACUUCUUGUAUACCAUGUAUAAAAGGAAUGUGUGACAGAUGCAAAUAAAGGACUGAAAAAUAAAAUAAACACCAUAUCUUUGUCUAAAAAAGCUCAAUAAUUAAAAGUGAAGCAGAAUGUUGGUGAACUUAAGUGUAGCAAUCUUUUGCCUCUGUGGGCCAUUUAAAAUGUCCUUUUUACUGAAUGGUUCCUAGCUGUUGGUAUUCCAACAUACAAACUAGCAGUAGAGAAAAAUUUAUAGUGGGCAAUUGUUGACAGGUUUAAUUAUUCAUUCUUGUGUUUUAUUUAGUGAUCCAGAUGUGCCAAGUGGUGUUCAUGAAGAUAAUGGAAUCAAAUAUGAGUUUAAAGUAUACCAGCGAGAUAUCUAAUACUGUAUACAAGCUACAUCACAGUGUACAUGAAGCUCACUUAAAGGAAGAAUGUAUCUCAAAGAAAUUAAAAUGUAGUGGCUUCAAGCUAUGGAAAGCAGCCUUGUCAAGGCUGUUAAUGAAGGCCUUAAGGCACUAAUAAAAUAAAAACCUCAGACACCGAAG